UCAGCGUCGGUGUCAGUACCAUGACAACAGCAGGUCGAGUGUGAGAAGCUGAGAUGUCUUGAGCUGUCUUGUUUUACCACACAUUACUGGAGAAAAUAUCACUGCAUUCAAGGAUGUCUUUAUUUAAGGCUCGUGAUUGGUGGGCAUCAGUGCUGGGUGAGGGUGAGGAGUUUGACCAGGGGUGUCUGUGUGUUGGGGAUGUGGAUAACAGUGGAAGUGGAUAUGAUAAGAUUGUAGUGGGCAGUUUUAUGGGGAUGUUACGCAUCUUCUCACCACACCCUGCUAAACCAGAUGAGCAGACGGAAGCUGAUGCCCAGCUGCUGGAGGUUCAAUUGCCUGAUCCCAUCAUUCAAGUGGAGAUGGGCGAGUUUGUCUCUUGUUCAGAGUUGCUCCAUCUGGCAGUGCUUCACCCCAGGAAGCUGUCUGUCUAUGCUGUGUCAGGUACUGCUGGGAAUGUUGAACAUGGUGACCAGUAUCAGCUGCGACUGGUGUAUGAACACAGCUUACAGAGAACAGCUUGCAACAUGACAUGUGGUCCCUUUGGGGGUGUCACAGGUCAUCAUUUCAUCUGUAUCCAGUCCAUGGAUGGGAUGCUGAUGUUUUUUGAGCAGGAGACUUAUGCUUUUGGUCGCUUCCUGCCAGGAUUCUUGUUGCCCGGCCCUCUGAGCUACUGCAUCCGCACUGACUCCUUCAUCACGGUCUCCUCCACCCGGCAGGUGGAGUGCUACAGGUAUGAGACACUGGCUGUAGCCACAGAUGCAGACACCAGACAAGACUCUGAUCAGCAGAGCAAGAGCUCAGGGAAGAGACUGACGGCUGACUGGACACUGGUGUUAGGAGAAGAGGCUCUAGAUAUCUGUGUUCCCAACACAUCUUCAGCGAUGUCCUCCAUCUUUGUGCUGGGGGAGAGAAAUUUCUUUUGUCUCAAGGAUAAUGGUCAGAUCCGCUUCAUGAAGAAAUUGGAGUUCAACCCCAGCUGUUUCUUGCCCUACGGAUCAGUUUCUGAGGGUUCCACCAACAUCCUGAUGUGUAACCAUAACAACAUGCUGCUGGUGUACCAGGAUGUGACGCUGAAGUGGGCGUCCCAGCUGUCCUGUGUGCCUGUGGCUGUACGUGUCGCUAACUUCCCGGAGCUGAAGGGGUUGGUGGUGACUCUGAGCUCUGACGGUCAUCUCCAGUGUUCCUACAUGGGCACUGACCCCUCCUUCUUCACUGCACCUAAAGUGGAUGCCCGAGAGGUCAACUAUGAUGAGGUUGACACAGAGAUGAAAAUGCUGCAAAAGGUUAUUCGUGAGGCUACCAAAACCCAAGACAUUCUCCCGAGGGCAGAGACUGAGGAAGAGUUCACUCUGACGGCCAUAGUCUCAUCUCACCUGGAUGAAGUCUCGUGUGCUGUCAUACCUGAGAUGAAUGGCAUGCCUGUCCCCUCUGUCACAGUCAAAGUUAAAAUAAAGAACCGUGGUGCGGUGCACAGCCCAAAGAUGACGGUGUGUGUUCAGCCUCCUCUGGGAGUCACGCAGGACCAGUUUGUGUUGGACUCCAUAGGCAGUGGCUGCGAGUUAGUGGUGAGAUUCUCAGCAUUUCUGAACGGCCACUAUCCUCCAGCGGAUUUGUGUGGAGAUAUCGCCGUGUCCUACAGCUCAGCUACAGAGCUCAACCCUGCAGGAAUCCCUCGAGUAUCUCAGUGUAAAUUCAACCUGCCUCUUCGGUUAGUGUGCUACCCCUCCUCAGCUAUCAAAAAUGCCAAGUACAAGAUCACUGUGGACACCAACAAACCUCCUGUCAACCUCAGUGAAGUCUUCCCAGAUUUCUCUGAGAAGUCAGAAAAAAAUGACAGCAGUGCUUUGGGCUUCCAACUCAUCACAGGCUCAAGGGUCAUUGUCCUUGCCUCCAAAACGUCCCGUUAUAGCAUUAGCAGAUGCAGCAGAAGACAACCGGGAGCGUUUGAUCCAAGCUUUUACACGUUUGCGGAGUGCCACUCACCUCCUCAUCCUACUGUUGUCUCUGUGGCAGGGGCUCAGCUCAGAGCAGACUGCCAUCCUGGAGGCCACACUUCUACCACUGCUGCAGGACACACCACAACUUUCUUCCCACAUUCCACCUGCCUGUCAACACCCCGGCCAAUCUCUCAGAGCCUCUCUAGCCUGCCUGACGGCAAAAGGGGCUGGGAGGAGAGUGUUGAUGCAGCCGUCUCCCACCUCUUAAAAACGUGUCUGUCACGCAGCCCCAAAGAUCAGGCCAUCAGCUUGAGCACCGGGCCGCUAACCAUCCCAAAAGACACGUCACGCCUGAAGAAACACAUCACGCUGCUCUGUGACCGCUUGGGCAAGGGUGGCCGUCUCUCUCUCUCCUCAGAAGCCAAUGUCCCUACAACCAUCAUGAUGCCAGUUGGUUGUGAGUCCAUCCCUGAACCGAUAGUUGAGCAGGAGGAGGAACCACCACUGCAGCAGGACUCCGCCAAGUACAUUAAAAAGAAACAGCCAUCCAAGAGAAUCAAGAGCAAGUCAGAUUGA